AAACACAUAGACCAACGCGAAAUGUUCUUAUAAAUGAGUUACAGAAAUAAUUUCUCCAUAUAAAAUAUUAAUUAGUUAUUUUUAAAAUGCAGGCGUUUACAACAAAGUCAUUCUCUAGUUUAAUUAGAGCACGUCUUACCGAAUUCUUCCCUCGUCAACAUUAUGUGACCCGCAAGAGGUUUUACCGCAACACUGGCAUCGUCCAGAGCGACAGCAAGUGGGAGGUGACGCUGGACCACCGGCGGCUAAAGACGCCGAACGGCCGCGUGCUGUCGGUGAGCAGCGAGCCGCUGGCGCGCGCCGUCGCCGCUGAGUGGGAUGCGCAGGCCGAACACAUCACACAGCCCACCAUGCACCUGACAGCUUUGUGCAAUACAGCCAUAGACAACCCUGGGAAGUUAACUUUACAUGACAUUGCUAGUUAUUUACUUGACUUUCUACCUACAGACACACUCCUGUUUCACUCAGAGGAAGAAGAGGAAUUAAGAGCACUGCAAGCAGAAAAAUGGACUCCAGUACUAGAAUGGUUCCAAAAGAGAUUCAAUGUGACCCAAGAGACAUCCAAGGACUUGGCAGUCCCUCCUGUUGCUACAGAGACCCGGGCAGUCCUGGCACGAUACUUCCUGUCAUUUGACUUCCCUGCACUUAAUGCAAUUUAUUUCGGCGUAGAAGCCCUUAAGUCCCCCAUACUGAUGAUUGCGUGCGUGGAGCGUCAUCUGGAGCCGAAAGAAGCAGUGUUACUGUGCCGCCUCGAGGAGGAGUACCAGCUGUCUCGGUGGGGUCGAGUGCCUUGGGCGCACGAGCUGAGCCAAGCGGAGCUGACGGCGCGCGUGGCGGCCGCGCUGCUGGUCGUCGCGGGCGCGGGGGAGUCGCACUACGCGCGCGCCAAGUCCACACCGCCGGAGACCGCCUAGCUGAGCCGGGCGGACACACUCACGACCAAACUGGACUUACCAAGUGAAAGAUUAACUUUUUAUUGAUCACAUUUCGAUUUCAAUCAGUUCUCUAAAAGAGGAUGCGUAGCUGCAGUUUUUUAAGAAGUUUCGUUUCUCGCUCGUCUCUAGUGGAAAAGUGAUAUAUAUAUAUAAACUUGGUUUAUUUGCUGAACUAUGAUUUAGACGUACCAGCAUCAGCUGCCUGUCUAAAACGAAAUAAUAAUAAUAAUAAAUACCGUAUUAGUAUGUACUGUAAAUAUGAGAGAGGUGUCCUGGUCCUGCCGGGCUAGCACAUGAGGCGCGACAGUGUCUCGCAGCCAGAUAGACUACCCGUCCCUCUUUAGUUAACAUAGUUACAAAAAGACUGGUGUGUGUAGGUAUGUACAGAUAUGUAAAAAAUAUAAAUACUUGUUAUUGUUACCUACUCAUGAUUUAUACUUGUUUCUUAUGAUUUUAUUAUACGUUUGUGACGUUGGUACCGUUGA